ACUUUUUGUCAAAAUAUUUUGUCAUUGGUUUUAGCUGAAUUUCGAGAAAUUACAGCUUAGUUUAAAUAAAUAACAUGGCGAAAAUAUUGAAAGCGUCCACUGGAUUAACCGGCUUGGCAGUAGCCACCAACCCGCACCACACACUGUCCGCCCUGUACGGCAAGAUUCUGCGUGCUGUAGCCAAAAUGCCACAGGACGCCGCCUACCGCAAAUAUACCGAGCAGAUAGUCAAGCAGCGCGCGGAUGCUGUGGCAAAGAACAAGGAUAUUAGCGCAUUGGAGAAGUCCGUGGGCUGCGGCCAGGUGGAGGAGCUGAUCGUCCAGGCCGAGAACGAAUUGAUUCUCGCACGCAAAAUGCUCGGCUGGAAGCCGUGGGAGAAACUGGUGCAGACAGCGCCACCCAAGCAAUGGGACUGGCCCCCAGCACAAAUCCUUGAACCCAAAGUCUAGUGAAUUAACACAUUUAUUUGAACUGUAUGCAAUAAAAGCUAAGGUCGAAAUCUAGC